AUGCAACAACCGAUUGUGCUGAAAUCUAUGCUGAAUCCAUUCAGAAUUCCGAACAAGUUCCGGAAUGGGUUUACGGGGCACUUGGCUGAUGUGGCGACGCUAGUUUACCCAAAAACACAAGAAAAGAAGCUACUUGCAGAGCGUAUUAUUGAAGCGUUCCCGCAAUUAGCUCGGCCUGCUUCGCGCGGAGCGCCAGCUGAACACAACGGGCAGUCCAAGGGGACUCAUAGUGGAUAUAUUGAGCAGCGUAUCUGCAAUAUACGGAAGGAAGUUCCGAAAGAGAAUCGGAAGUUCAACCGCAAUUCGCAGAACACAACCUCAGACAUUGUGUCUGACGAUAUAGUGGCGGCUGCAGAUCUUUGCUCUGCACUUGAUGCAUCAUUCUUAAACUCGCGACAGAUUUCAAUUCUAAUGAAGACAACUUUUGUGAUUCACAGUAAUUUAUUGAAACAAAAAGCUUCCGUAUCUCAAAUAUUUCUUCAAUUUCCACACUUCAAAUCGUACCAUGGAUUAAUGGUUCAACAAGCAUUCAAUAGAAUAAAUCAGAUUCAAAGCAUGGAUACUAAUAUAAGAAGACUGUUAUCAAAAGGGCUGUUAUUGAAUCGCAACGCAUUCACUGAUGUCGAGGAUGAUUAUAUACGCGGAUCAUUGAUUCUUAUGAAAGAAAUGGUAGUACGAGGCGCUAAACGAGCGAAAGAAGAUGCAAGUUUGUCUACAGAUGAAAUCUUCGCAGCACCGCUUGUUCGCUGGAUUAAUGUAGACAAGCAACACAUACACCUCACGGCCGGUAUAUACCCACCGCAUAUCGCUUGCUUCGGGAAGACAAAAGGAAGAGGAAUAUACUUCGUAGUUCUUGAGAGAGAAGCGAUAGACUGCGGAGAUUGCUCAAUACAAGCUUUAGAUGUGUUUUUUAAAUCAUUCGCUGUUUUCGGAGUUAAAGUGCCGGUUUUUGUGUAUCCGCUUUACGAAAUAUUUAAAAUUAAGAUUCAUAAAUUGGCCACACAUAGUGCACGCAACACAGUUAAUAACGUGUUAAAAGCAUUGGACAACGCUGAACGGGCAGAAGAGCUUAACCAACACACAACAUGAAAUCAGGUGUUUUUUACAACACACAACAUGAAAUCAGGUAUUUUUACACAAAAAUAAACAGAAAACUCAAUAGUCA